CGAACUGUGCAGCCAACUGGUUGUAUUUCUCGUCCUGAGUUCUAACUGAGGAGGUGGCUUAACGUUUUCGCGGAUCUUUGCUUGGUUUGUUCGGUGGAUUUUGAUGGUGGUGAAGUGGAGGAAAGAGUAGCGAUCGCCUUGUAACUCUUUGUGUCAAUAGUUUUUGUUUGUUGUGUUGCGAAUUGUAACUCCAUUUGGUGUCUGAAGUCUAUCAGACUGAUAAAUAUACCAGAUUAUCGUGUGCUCAAGCAAACGAGGAUUCCAAAUCCUUGGAGUGAAAAGUAAAACUAGUGCGAAUCGAAAACCGAAAUACUCUAUCCCGGAGGACCUGUUCCUUGACUUCUGGGAUCGAAAGUUCGAAGAAACAUCAACCGAGUUAAAUUCCUUGGACAAAUCCACAUUAAAAAAAUAAGUUGCGGAUUUGUCUCAGCGACAGCAGAAAGGCUCUGGUUUUCAAGACCUCACCAACAUCCACAGCAUUUAUUUAAACAGAUAUGGCUAAUUUGAUCACAGUUCGUCUACAGCGCAAUCAAGGUCAGCCUUGGGGAUUCCGUCUUCAGGGUGGCAAGGAUUUCUCCUCUCCAUUGGUUCUUCAGAGGGUAAAUGGCGGAAGCGUAGCAGAUCAAGUCGGUCUGAUGGCCGGCGAUGCCUUGGUCAAGGUUAACAGUACCGAGGUGUUCAAUCUGCGCCACAAGGAAGCUCAGGAUGUCAUCAUGGGCGCUGGAAACUCAUUCGAGCUCACAGUCUCCAGAGGCACCGCGUGGAGGCCAUCGGUCACACCAACCGGAUCGAUCCCUUCGCCUUCCCCAUCGCUGCCCGGAAACAUCACUCCGGUUACCAAAACUUCGCUGGCCGCCACUCCUCAGCCCGUUCAGCACAUCGGAAGUGCCCACAAUCAGGCCGCCAAGCCGUUUGCUGCCCAGGAGGUCAACGGCACCGGCGAUCAGAUCAAGAGCAUCGUCAACAACCAGUACAACACACCGGUCGCCAUGUACAGCGAUGAAACCAUUGCCGAGACGCUGUCAUCUCAGGCGGAAGUGCUGGCCGGAGGAGUUUUGGGAGUGAACUUCAAGAAGAACGAGCGCGUCUACUCGCCCGCCAACUCGGAAGUCUACAAGCUGCUCCACGAGCAAGGCAACGACCCGGAACCAGGUAGGGAUGCCUAUCAGCAACAACAUCAACCACAACAACAACAGCAGCAGCAGCAACAGGUUCAGCAACAUCAACAACAACAACAACAAUCCACCAAUGCCGUUACCCGUCACGUAACGGCUCCGGUUGACAAACCACCAUCGGCCAACACCAAUGGCCUUCCGGCGGGACAGAACAUUUGUUCCUCCUGUGAGCGUUUGAUUGUUGGCGUGUUUGUGCGCAUCAAGGACAAGAAUCUCCAUGCCGAUUGCUUCAAGUGCGCCACUUGCGGAACAUCUCUCAAGAAUCAGGGAUACUUCAACCUGAACAACAAACUGUACUGUGACAUCCACGCCCGGCUGGCAGCCAUCCAAAGCCCUCCGCCCGGAACCAACGGAAUGGUUCCGGUCACUUUCACCAAACCUGGUCAGAAAACCGGAGUCCAGGCCAUCUCAGCUGCUCUCAACGCCCACGCCAAUCUGAACGGACGUUCCCAGUCUCCCUACACCAACGCUAUCACAAUCACCACCACACCAUUAACAGUACCGCCCACGAACGGGCCAUUCAUUAACGGCAGCACCAUUAUCAGCGGCGGCAACGGCGGCCUUACUCAGUCUCCUUCGCACUCCCGAUCGAGCAGCACGACAUCGUCCUCGAGUGGAUAUUGCCCGUCGAGUUCCCUAUCGCCGGUCACCUCGAACAAAGUAUCACCGCUGCAUUCGCGCACCAGCAGCGAGAACGAAUUGAUCCUCCUAUCGCCAACCGGAUCCCUAGCCUCGCCGCCGCCACCGCCACCCCCGCUUCCCUUUGGCGGAACGUCUAAAGUGUCUUCAACCGCCAAGAAACAUCCGUCCAUUGUGACAAGUGCUGAGUUUUCAUUUCCGCCGCCCCCGCCACUUUUGGCCACAAGUGUAAGCAUGGAAAGUUCCGAGUCCCAGCAACCGGUCAUCGAUCCGGCCUCGUUUGGUCCCAACGGGCUGGCGCAGGCCGACUCAACCGAUGCCGCCAGCUGCAACGGCGAUUCGGUUACGCAAAACGAGUACGGAUUCAUCUACAAAACGAUCGGCGGAGCCGUUAUUCGAAGUGUUCUUCCGCCUGGAAACAACUCCAAGUACAAGAAUCAGAACAACACCCUUCCGAAACCCUUCGGAGCUCCAUUGCCAACUAGCAAUUUGGCUCAGGUUCAACCACCAUCGUCCUUCCCACCGGUUGCCGGUAGCGUCCCGACGCCAUUCUCCGCCGCCAUCACCGGCCAGGCUCCGUCGGCUCCAGCACCAUCGGCUGCCCCGGCUCAGACGUCUUUCCCACCGGCGGCCGCCCCAGCUCCGGCUUCAGCUCCAGCAGCCGCCCCAGCCGCCGUGCCAACUCCACAAGACGAUGAAGAGCAAGAAUACUACGUCGAGGAGAACGAAGAGGAUGAAGAACAGGUACAAAUUCAAGCCGAAUCUCCCGUUCCUCCCUUUACCUGGCCUCCAAAACGUGUCGAGGAUCAAACGAUCCCUACGGCCGUUCCCAUUUAUAUCCCACCACCAGAAACUCAGAAGGUUACACCCAAAAAGGUACUUCAAUGGGUCGUUCCUCCGCCGCUGCCCAAAGAUAAAAGCAACUCACCCCCGGAAGAACAGAAUCAAGAAGCAAGUCAAGGUGAAACCGUAGAAAUAGUAGUACAAGAACCUGAGCAGGUAAUUGUCAAAAGCGUCCAAAGCAAAUCGGCUCCGGAGCUAAGUCGCAGACAAAGCGAUGCGCAACAGGAUCAACAAGAAGAGGAUAGCUAUGAAACGUACACAACAUCGACUUCGGCAUCAUCCGAAGAGUAUCGAAUGUAUUCGACCCAGACGUCACAACCGAUAGUGACGUACUACGACACCCCGCUAGUUGAAAUGGAUUAUCCAUUCGGAGGACCUCUGUAUAGCGCACAGGCAAGUACGGUUACCAUGUCUGACGCAUCGUACACUCAUUUCGUUUACACCGACACUGCAUUGGACGAACCACCGACUGUCGAGCCAUCGCAAGAACCGGAGCCGGAGAAGAUCAUUGAACGAGUCAGAACUCCACCACCGCCGGAAGAGGUGAAGCCUCAGAAGCGAGUCGAAUUCGUCGACUACCGCCAAGAGUUAGAAAACUAUCUUAGAGCAGAACUAGAUGCCAAACGAAAAGCCGAAGAGCUUAAAAACACUAUUGAAAACGAAGAAGUCGCAGAAGAAAUCACAAUACCGCAUUACGAACUACCGAUCAUCAAAUCUCCGAAUCCGGAAAUGUACAUGCCUCCCAAAAUAGUUCCCAAUCCCGUUCCGAAACAGUGGCAAAGUGCACUUGUGCAAGCACUCUGCGUGGCCCCUCGAGACCCCGUUCGCUUAACCGAAGAACAGAUUGAAGAGGCCAAUUUUAUGAAAUCACGUAACGAAGCCUACAUCCGAGAACAGGAGGACAAGAAAAUGCGUCAACUGGAAGCAUUAAAGAGACAAGUGGACGCCCUCGAACGGCGUCUCGCUCAAAACAAGGAACCUGAACCGGAACCGGAACCCGAACCAUACCCGCCUCUGGACAUUCCCCGGAAGGGCUCUGUGAUGGCUAGGGUGCUUGCCUCGUCUACCACUAAAGCGGAACGUUUUCCAAAGAACCUCCCAGCUCCGGUUAUUCGGCUUCCCGAACAAACCGCUCCAUACUUUCCCCCUCCGCACUCGAUGGAACCGAUUCGGAGCGAGAAAAUUUCAUCUUUUCGCACAACACCCCUUUUGGACGCUCUUACUACAGCUCCUUAUACCCCGUUUCAGACCUUCGGCCAUGAGAUCCCAUCGCAAAUGGAGGGAAUGCCGGUUCCGUCGGGUCGAAUUUCGAUGACCGAUGCACUGGCAACGGCACCGGAGCGGCCCUAUACACCGUUCCUCGAGGCCAAGUUUGAAGGGUCCGAAGUGUAUCAAGAUUUGCUCAAACAGCAACCCUCGAUUCAGGUCGAUCCCGACAAAAACUUCUCGGCUUUUGCCAGUGUUUCCGGCAAUCGAACUCCGAUGCCUUUCAAACCGAUUCUGCCGGAGCCUGAUCUAGCUCCAGUACCGGAACAACCACAGGAAGUAGAGGUACCGAUAGAACAACCAGAACCUGAACCAGAACCAAUCAGCAAACCGGAAAAAGUCGAAGAACCUAAGGACAAAACACCACCUAAACAUGAUCUUAGUGUAAAUCAUUACUCUUUAGCGCUACGCAGGGAUCGAGAGUCACCCUUGAAUCAUCCGGCUGAGAUACCUCCGUACCAACGGAAAUGGUUCAAUCUUCCUACGCAAAAUCCACCCAGAACGCCGGAACCUCCCGAAUUGCGCCAAAAUGUUCCACUGGCAUUUGUAGAUAAACAUUCGCAGUCGCAGCCUAUCGCAAAGCCUGUAAAUAUUAGAGAACAAGUAACGUUGAAAAAAACACAACCGUUCACAGUCAUACAACCAAACAAUCGUACCAUCCCAGUCAUACAGAUGCCCAUAGAAGAAGAUGCCGAGCUGGCACACUUCAACAACGCACACACGAGGCUUCAAGCCAAGGGAGUCAUCGAUCGAGGGCAAAGUUUCACACCCUCGAUGAUCCUUACGAAACACCCAACAACGAUCCCUUACUACCAACAUCAGCUUGGAUUCGAAGAGUACUUUGCCGAGUCCAAGCAAUUUGAUGGACGUCGCACGCCCCAAACAGCGACGGCUCGUAAAUCACCAGCCUUUGGGCCACCUCCAAACCCUCUGAAGGCGUUUGUUCCACCCUCUCGAGACGGUAUUCCCAACGAAUCGGGGCUGUAUCUUUCAAUGGGUAAGCUACAGGGUACUCCAUGGUACGCAAAUAAAGAUCAUGUUCCGACAGAUAUUCAGCAGAAGUUGGUACAGCAGCACCACGGCAUGGGUCCCGGUUGGAACGCAACCGCACAGCAACAUCAGCAACAAAGAAAUACCGUUAGCCAGCAGCGAAGUGUUAGUCAACAGAGAGCCGUUAGCCAGCAGAGCAGUGAAAAGACAGUUCGCUCCCAGGAAAGAUCAUCAAGGGAGAUUUCUUCUGAACGAUCCGUCUGUAGCGCUAGCCAGGUUGGAAAUGCACUGAUUCAGAAACGCGUCAGCGUAGUCGAAGAUCAAGAUGCGGCAGCUGCCAAAUUUUCAUCAAAAAUCAAAGAAGAAGAAGCCCCCCAAAAAGGUUUUGUAGCUCAACAAACGAGGAGAUUUUCGGGUCAAGACGAUGCUCUGAAUAUCCCUCCACAAAUGCAACAGUACACUCCGCCUGAGGAACCACUGAUACAAAUCUCGGAAUCUUUUCCCCAGAAAUCACAACCAGCUUCUCAGACAUCUUUCCCUACAUCUUUCCCACAACAAAUGGUAUCCCCACAGGUGCCACAAAAAGCAGCCGAUUCUUUCCCCACGACGAGUAUGUUCCCCGAACCCCUCAUUGAUCGUUUUCCAGCUAAAAGUUCACGCAAGGUAAGCGUCAUGAUACCGCAAAAACAUUCACCGACACCCAGCUCGGGUGGUUUCAAAGCUCAGUUCAACCGAUACAUGUACGGCAGUCUACCCGAGGAACAACCACAACAGUCUGAUCAAGUUCAAUCGUGGCCGCCACAAAUUCCAUCCGUCAUUGCUAGCACUAACACAGCUCCCGCUCAAGCUGCUGCGGUGAAACCACCACUACCGGUUGCCGCACAGCCGCAGGCGCCGGUGGCAGAAUCCUCUGCGCCGCUAACCUCCAGCUACAGUAACCAUAGUCAAGCGUCGUCGAUCGGCUUCAGUAACACAACUUCCCGCAAAAACAGUUGUCGUAGCAAUAUUUCUGAUCGAAGUUCUGGUGCUAGCGCAGGUUCGGGCGCAUUUAACAAGGGUCGGGCGGCAUGUUCAACCUCAGCCCCUACCCGUGGACGUGGUGUCAUGAACAACGCCGUUGCCCCCGGAGGUCGUGUUCCGUUGUGCGGCUGCUGCAAUCAGCAAAUCAGAGGACCAUUCAUCACCGCUCUCGGUCGCAUCUGGUGCCCGGAUCACUUCAUCUGCCACAACGCCAACUGCAAACGUCCGCUGGCCGACAUCGGUUUCGUCGAGGAGAAGGGUGACUUGUACUGCGAGUACUGCUUCGAACAGUUCCUCGCUCCGAUGUGCAGCAAGUGCAACAACAGAGUCAAGGGUGACUGCCUAAACGCUAUCGGCAAGCAGUUCCAUCCGGAGUGCUUCAAGUGCACCUACUGCAACAAGUUGUUCGGCAACAAUCCGUUCUUCCUGGAGGAAGGUGAUCCCUACUGCGAAGCCGACUGGAACGAACUGUUCACGACCAAGUGCUUCGCCUGUGGGUUCCCGGUCGAGGCCGGUGACAAGUGGGUGGAGGCCCUGAACAACAACUACCACAGCCAGUGCUUCAACUGCACCAGCUGCAAAAAGAACCUCGAAGGCCAGAGCUUUUUCGCCAAGGGUGGUCGUCCUUUCUGCAAAAACCACGCCCGCUAAUAAGUGCCGCUAACCACUAGGGUCGGUCCAAAUUGUACAUAGGCUAAGAAGAAGUCCACUUUCGGAGCGGCCAACCAAGCGUUGAUAUGCAAUACAAAAAAGGGUUAUCUAUUUUUAUUCUAUUUAUGAAUUUUUAUUUUCUUCAAUCAUCUGUUGCACAUAACUUAGCUCAUCUGUUUUAGUUUUUUUUCUAUAUUCGCUCCUUAAAAUCAACACCUUUUUUCAGCAUAGGUAGAAAAAGUGUCUGAAAUUUGAAGCCCAAAUCACAGUGUUAUUUCAAUGUCGAAGAAAAUGUUUGGUCUAAAAUAAUUUUGAGUUCACACGUUUGAAGCCAAAAAUCGUUUACCGAAAACAAAAGCUCACUAAUAAAAUCGUUGAAUCGUUUGUACUAAUCAGCGGCACUAAAUCGGUCAUCAAACAGGAGUGAAUUGAAGAAUCAAUUUAGAAUAAUCAUAUGGAAUCAUUUUCAUCUAACUAAACAAAUGCUUCCUAGUACUUUCGUAAGAAAUAGCAAUGCUCUAAUGCAACGAAAUUUGUGUGUAUGUAGCCAUAAAAACAUCAGCAAAACCAACAACAUUGUACAGGGUUGAAAAAGAAAGAGAGGAUAAUGUGUAAGCUUUGGAAACGUGUCAUCAAGUUUUCGUUUUUAUCGUUUACGAAUAUCGUUAGGUCAGCAAAAUAAAGUUUCCCCGCUGAAUAUUCAAAGCUGUGCGAAAUAUUUCAAGACAACUUCACGGGAGAAACAUUUCAAAAGGGGUUUGAAAUUUUCCCUUGUGCUAUAAUUUCAACAGCUUGAGCUUUAUAGCAGAAAGUUUUUGAUAAGGAGAAGCAAAGCAUAGAAACUGAUUUUUCUUUAAAUUCAAAGAAAUGUAUACAAGUUUGUAAUACCUUUACGAUCAAGAACAAAACGGCAGCUUUUAAAGUUUAUUCACUUGAAAGGAUAAAACCAAUAAUAUAAAUUUGUAUGUUUUAAAACCAAAUUUGAGAAACUCUGACUUAUUCGGACCAUCCGUUGAAUGUUGAAAUCAUAGAAAUUAUGUCCAAAAAAUGUGUGUGAUAAAAAAGUGUAGAAAAACAGAUUUGUUAUUAUUUUAACUUUUAUUUAUGUGAUGAAAAAGAACUCAGAAGCAGAACGAUGAAGGAGGAAGCAAGAAAACAAUAUUUAGGUUUUCGAUUUCGAACCUACAUAGCUAAAUUCCCUACACGGAACAAGAAAUCGCUGCUUUAUUCUAGAACGCUUUAUACAGAUAAUAUUGAAUAGAAGCAUGAGAACAACUGUUACAGUUAGACAACUGGAUUGAUACGAACAAAACCAAGAUCAAUAGUGUGUAAAUGAGAUAAGAUUUAAGAUCAAAGAUGCGUAAUAUAAAAUCUUAACGUUUUAAAUAAAA